AUGAGGAUCUUAUCGUCGCCCAUUCUAUUCAUCAUAGUUUCUUUCUUGGCAAACUGCGUCAUCCAGGCUUUUUGCACGAUACCACCGUCAUUACCCGCUUCCAAGAAGUGCGGGGAAUCCAUCCAAACAAAGAACACGUUGCAACUUCGAGGGGGCUCCGAGGAUGGAGAUGAAGAAUCGUCGUCUUCCUUCGAAAUCUUGGACGAAAAAAUCGCCUACAGUGGGUGGCGAACCAUUGUUCAGCGCAAAGUAAAAAUGCGCAACGGCAAGGUCGUCGAUUUCGAUCUGGUGGGAGUCAAGACUGGGGAUGCCGCCGUCUUGGUCUUUGCCUUUGACACCAAGACCAAGACUGCCACGUUGAUACGAGAAUACAUGCCCGCCUCCCACAAGGUACUCUGGGGAGUAGGUGCUGGGCUCAUUGAAGAAAAGCACGGACACGAUGCUUACUUGGCGGCCCAACAUGAACUCGAGGAGGAGUGUCACUUGACUGGAGGCGAGUGGAUUCCUUUGACCAAUGCGGCGACGGCCAUGGACAAGUAUGCAUUGACAAAUAUCCAUGCCUACUUGGUAUUGAAUCCUGAACCUGCCAUAAAUCCAAAACCACUGGAUGACGAGGAAGACAUUGAGAUUGUCCCUGGGGUUGCAAUCGGGGAGAUUAUGGAAUACAUUGCCAAUGGAGAAAUGAAUCUAGUCGGAGGCUGGGGAUGCAUGCUGGCAAUCUCAAAACUUCGGGAACUUAAUCUGAUAUAG